AUGGCCUUCAAGCUUGCUGUCCGCAAGCAAGGAAUGUGUCCUCAGCGCAGUUUCUCAAAGACCCCUCACAUCCCGGACCCGGCGGAGCCCGGCAACUACGGCAAGGGCAAGCUCGGCUACGGCAACAUGGUGCUGGGCAUCACCGCGGAGUCGAUCUCCGAUCCGGAAGCGCGCAAGCGCGGCCUGAACUCCGAGUUGGCCAACGGCCGACUGGCGAUGAUGGCGAUCAUGGGGCUUUGGGUCCAGGAUGGCCUCUUCGGCACCCCUUAUGGCCUCUACACCGGCAGCUCUGCCUUCGAGAACGAGCUCGGCGUGCAGGCCCCGCUCGGCUACUUCGACCCUCUGGGGCUCUCCAAGGACGGUGACGUGGAGACCUUCCGCCGCCGCCGCGAGUCGGAGAUCAAGAACGGCCGCGUCGCGAUGUUUGCGACCAUGGGAUACAUGGUGCCCGAGUACUUCAAGUUCCCGGGCUAUCUCGCCCCGUCCUCCAACCUCAAGUUCGCCGACGUGCCCAACGGCCUGGCCGCGAUCACAAAGGUGCCCGCCGAGGGUUGGCUGCAGUGGGUGGCGCUGUGCGGCUGCUAUGAGUGGUGCGUCAACCUGCCCGUGGACCCUGCCGAUCCUGGAAAUUAUGGCAAGGGCAAGCUCGGCUACGGUAACAUGGUGCUGGGCAUCACCGGUGAGAGCAUCAGCGACCCCGAGUCGCGAAAGCGAGGACUGAACUCCGAGCUCGCCAACGGCCGGCUGGCGAUGAUGGCCAUUGUGGGUCUGUGGGUCCAGGACGGCCUGUUCGGGACACCCUACGGCUUGUACCAGGAGGUCGUUCGGUGUCUCGAUGGAGGGCGCAGCGCAGCGCCUUUAAGUGGAGGAGGCGAGGAGGAUGUGGCAUCGAUUGCUCGGGAUGGUUGCCUCCAGAACAAGACUUCUUCUGGAGGAGUUGGGCGCACGAGCGGCUGCAGGUAA